AUGCAGCGCUUCACAGCCCUGGUGAGGCGCCGCUUCGCCACGACGUCCACGCUCUACGUCGACGGCGCCGCCGCGCCGGCAAGCGACAACGCUACGAUAAAUACGCGCAGCCCGGCCGACGGCUCGGUCCUCGCCGAGCUCUCGGACGCGUCCGCCGACGACGCGCGGCGCGCGGUCGCCGCGGCGGCGCGGUGCCAUGCGUCGGGCGCGUACUUCCGCGACGGCGCGGCGCGGCGCGACGCGCUCGAGCGGGCCGCCGCCGCGCUGCGCGAGGACGCGACCGUGUACGCGACGAACGAGGCGCGCGCGCGUUUGCGGCGUCCCAGGGAUUUUCGUUGAUUCUUCACGUUGUUCCUCGAUUGCGCGGAGUCACGCCAUCGCCGCGGCGUCGUCUCGACUCCUGAUCCGCGCAGGACUGCGGCAAGACGUUCGCGGAGGCCGAGGGCGACGUGGCCUACUGCGCGGACAUGCUCGACUACUACGCGGGCCUCGUGGUCGACGGCGCGACACGGGAGCGGCGCGCGCCGCCGCCGGCCGCGUACGAGCUCGACGCCGCGUGCAGCAUCGCGACGUACCCGGCGGGCGUCGCGGCCCUCGUGACGCCCUGGAACUACCCGCUGCUCCAGGCCGUGCUCAAGGUCGCGCCGGCCGUCGCCGCGGGCUGCCCCUUCGUGCUCAAGCCGAGCCCCCUCGCGUCGCUGACCUGCGUCGACUUUUUGCAAACAAUCCUGGGCCCGCUCACGCCGCCGGGCGCCUGCAACCUGCUCACGGGCGGCCCGCCGCUCUCGGCCGUGGACCGGGGCGCCGGCGCGCUGCUGGCGGACCCGCGCGUCGCCGUCUGCAGCUUCACGGGGUCGAGCCGCGGCGGCGAAGCUGUUUUGAAUGCGGCCGCGCCCUUCGCGCGGCCGUCGGCGCUGGAGCUCGGCGGCAAGGGCGCGCUCGUCGUCCUCGACGACGCCGACGUCGAGGCGGCGGCGGACCAGGCGCUGGUCGGCAUUUUGUCCUGUGCGUGACAGUGUCUAUCUACGCCAUCGCCGCGACCCCUUCCCGCCGCAGGUGCCGGCCAGGUCUGCUCCGCGACGUCUCGGUUACUGAUCCAGCGGCCGAUCUACGACGCCGUCGUCGAACGAGUGCUAGAGAAGAUGGCCGCCGUGGUCGUCGGCAAGCCACUCGACGCGGCGACGACGAUGGGCCCGCUCGUGUCGCGGGAGCAGCAGGAGCGCGUCCUCGGCUUCGUCGAGCGGGCGCGGCAGGCGGCCCUCGACGUGCGCCAGCCUGCGGCCCAGGCUGACGGUAGCGGCUACUUUGCGCCGCCGACGUUGGUCUUGGGCGACCUCGAGGGGAGCGAGGUCUGGCGCGAGGAGGUCUUCGGGCCAGUACUAUGCGCGAUGCCGUUUGAGAGUGAUGAAGACGCCAUCAACUUAGUGAACGCGUCGCGGUUCGGUCUGGCGCACGCCGUGUUCUCGGCGGACGAGGCGCGGGCCGCAAAGUGCGCCGACGCGCUGGACGCGGGCGUCGUCUGGGUGAACGCCAACCAGAUCCUCUGGCCGGACACGCCUUUUGGUGGGUGGAAGGCUUCUGGGUUUGGCUUCGAGCAGGGUGCCGAGGGGAUGGCGCCGUUUUUGCGGCGGAAGAGUGUUGUUGUGGCUCCGAGUCCUGCGCCUGAGAGGGGGUAUGUUGCGGCUUGGUAA